AUGUUACGCGGAGGACUUAAGUGGAAGGAACGAAUCGUCCUCGGGUUGUGCGUGGCCGUGGUGUUGUUUACAUUAGUGGUGGUAGUUGAUAUACAAAUGGAUUUGGGGAUGUCGGGACGGCCUUUGGUAGCGUCACAUGGAAGAGUAAAAUAUGUCGUUGAAGAUGGGCCUGAAAGUGUUUACGGCAGAUUCAGGAAUAGGCUACUGCAGAAAACGCAUAGUGCCGCCGUAACUAGUGCAAACAUUUCCAAAGAGAGUCUUCCGAAUGAAAUAUCUGGCCUUAAUGGACACAUCAAAGAUGGCGCCGUUUCUCCCAACGAUGCCAUUCUCUCCAAUGACAAGCAAAAAGACGGCGAAAAACCUUCAGGUCAGCACCCGCACGACGAUUUCAGCGACAUUGUCGACUACAUCAUGCUGGACGAUGGCGAGCGGGCGAAAUUCCGAAAGGAGAUGGACAGGUCCCAUCCUAUCGUUCACCAACCGACAAAGGAGGGCAAGAGGAAGGUUAGGACCAUCGGUGAAAUGAAGAAGAUGGUUAUUGAAAAAAAUUCGACUACGUUAGAAAAAUUCCAUGCCCAAAUUUCUGAAGAUGCAUUAUAUCCUGCUGAUAGUCCAUUCGUUGAUCAACUACUCCAUGAAAUGGCUACAGAAGCAAUCGUCCAUGUUGUACAGAAAACCGGUGGGACGCAGCUGAAACUCAUAAUUGAUUUUGCCAAUAAUAUGGAAGCUCUCUUCAAACCAAUGAGAUUCCCGAGGGAACAACAGACUCUCCCCAAUCACUUCUAUUUCACGGAUUACGAGAGGCACAACGCUGAGAUUGCUGCAUUCCACUUAGACAGGCUCCUGGGCUUUCACCGCGCCAUGCCAGUAACUGGCCGACUACUUAACAUGACCACAGAACUAUAUCAAAAAUGUGAAGGCGAACUCCUCAACACCUUCUUUGUAUCUCCAAGUGACAACCUUUGUUUUCAUGGUAAAUGUUCGUACUACUGUGACACAUCGCAUGCCAUCUGUGGAAACCCUGAUACGUUAGAAGGGAGUUUCGCUGCGUUUUUGCCGUCCUCAAAAGUUGCUCCAACUAAGGUAUGGAGGCAUCCAUGGCGAAGAUCGUAUCAUAAACGGCGGAAAGCCCAGUGGGAGACCGACCCCAACUAUUGCCAACUUGUUAGAGAAAUACCACCCUACGAUAAGGGCAGAAGGUUGUACGAUUUAAUGGAUAUGUCUGUUUUCGAUUUUCUCACUGGGAACAUGGAUAGACAUCACUACGAAACUUUCAAAAUUUUUGGAAAUGAAACAUUUACGUUACAUUUGGAUCACGGAAGGGGGUUUGGCAAACCAUAUCAUGACGAACUGACCAUUUUGGCACCAGUACUUCAAUGUUGCCUCCUUAGACAAUCCACACUGGAAACGUUAAUAAGAUUCCAAAAUGGCCCUGUCAAGUUAAGCCAAGCCAUGCGCAUGAGCAUGAGCACCGAUCCUGUAGCUCCAAUUCUAUGGGAGCCCCAUCUAGAGGCUCUAAAUCGUAGGUUAGAAACUGUCCUAAGAGUUAUAAGAGACUGUUUACAAAAAGGUGAAAGUCCCAUUUCGGGCAACGAAAAUGAAACGUAG